AGGUGGACGUGGUUGUUCCCGACCGUUCAGCUCAGUCACUGUUCCGUCACAGCUAAGACCUAGCACUUAGCUGACUGUUGCUCUGCAGGUGUUACGUUUCUUUUAGAAAAUAGGAGCAGCCAGUAGUAAACGAAACCUUCGAAGAACCGUGUCCUCGAUAAAAUGAGAAAGCGGAUACAUUUUGGUUUUGUGCCUGUUUAUUUGCUAGUACUGUAUAUUCGUUCGUGUCCGGCAUUCUAUCUUCCGGGUUUAGCUCCAGUGAGUUUUUGUGAAGAACGCAAAGGGGCUGAUGACUGCCAGACAGAGAUUCAGCUGUUUGUCAAUCGCUUGGAUUCAGUGGAAUCAGUUCUGCCUUAUGAGUAUGACAUGUUUGACUUUUGCAAAGAUGCUAAGGAAAUAAGACCAUCUGAGAACCUUGGACAGGUGUUGUUUGGUGAACGAAUUGAGUCUUCACCAUAUAAGUUCAAUUUUAAACAAGAUGUUAAAUGCAAGCAUGUGUGCACAAAGAUCUACAAGACAGAAUCAAAGGAAGACUCAUCUAAACUGGAUUUUCUUAAGAUGGGAAUGCAGCUGAACUAUCAGCACCACUGGAUCAUUGACAACAUGCCAGUUACAUGGUGUUAUGAUGUAGAAGAUGGUCAGAAGUACUGCAACCCAGGUUUCCCCAUUGGCUGCCUUGUCGCAGGAGAUGGAAGGGCUAAAGAUGCAUGCGUUAUCAAUUCUGAGUUCAACAAGAGGAACUCUUUUUACGUCUUUAACCAUGUGGACAUUAAGAUCAAGUACCACAGUGGAGCAGAUGAGGGAUGGACAGGGGCUCGACUGGUUGCUGCAACUUUGGAGCCAAAGAGUAUCAAGCAGCCAGAUGAGAAAAACCGAAAUUGUGAAGGAGGUAACCCAAUGGAGGUCCCUGUAGAAUUUAAAAGUGAAGUGUCAGUAAUUUACACCUACUCUGUCACAUUUGAGCAAGACAAUACUAUCAAGUGGGCCUCUAGGUGGGAUUACAUCCUGGUCUCCAUGCCUCACACUAACAUCCAGUGGUUUAGCAUCAUGAACUCCUUGGUCAUUGUGCUGUUCCUGUCUGGCAUGGUUGCCAUGAUCAUGCUGAGAACUCUGCACAAGGACAUUGCCAGAUACAACCAGGUGGACCAGGCAGACAUGAUAAAGAUUCCAUUGACCAAGGAAAUAUCCGCUCUAUCUGAGGAUGCACAGGAGGAGUCGGGCUGGAAGCAGGUGCAUGGGGAUGUUUUCCGUCCUCCCAGGAAAGGGAUGUUGCUGUCUGUUUUCCUUGGACAGGGAACGCAGAUCUUCAUCAUGACUUUCAUUACUCUCUUCCUGGCCUGUUUGGGUUUCCUGUCACCGGCCAACAGAGGGGCUCUCAUGACAUGUGCAGUGGUACUCUGGGUUCUCCUGGGCACACCUGCUGGCUACGUCUCUGCACGUCUUUACAAAACCUUUGGAGGUGAAAAGUGGAAGACAAAUGUCUUGCUGACUGCACUCUUGUGCCCAGGUAUUGUGUUUGCAGACUUCUUCUUGAUGAACCUGAUCCUCUGGGCAGAGGGUUCCUCAGCUGCAAUCCCCUUCGGUACUCUGGUUGCUAUUUUGGCCCUGUGGUUUGGAAUCUCCGUGCCCCUCACCUUUGUCGGUGCCUACUUUGGAUUCAAGAAACCUGCAAUUGAGCAACCAGUGCGCACAAACCAAAUCCCCCGUCAAAUACCCGAGCAGUCCUUCUUCACCAAACCUAUCCCUGGUAUAGUGAUGGGUGGUAUCCUGCCUUUUGGCUGCAUCUUCAUCCAGCUUUUCUUCAUUCUCAAUAGCAUUUGGUCUCAUCAGAUGUACUAUAUGUUUGGCUUCCUGUUCCUGGUAUUCAUCAUUCUGCUCAUCACCUGCUCUGAGGCAACAAUUCUCCUGUGCUACUUCCACCUUUGUGCUGAGGACUACCACUGGUGGUGGCGAUCCUUCCUGACCAGUGGCUUCACAGCAGUCUAUCUCUUUAUCUAUGCUGUGCACUACUUCUUCUCAAAGCUGCAAAUAAUUGGAAUGGCCAGUACCAUACUCUACUUUGGAUACACAAUGAUUAUGGUCCUAAUCUUCUUCCUCUUCACAGGUACAAUUGGCUUCUUCGCUUGCUUCUGGUUUGUAAAUAAGAUCUACAGUGUGGUCAAAGUGGACUGACUAGAUGACUGGGAGAAAGGACUAACUCCUAGCUGCAACAGCACUGGCCUCCCCAGUGCUGGUUCUGUGAUAAAGGCCUGAGGUCUGAUUUGACCUGAACUGAGAAACCAUCAUUUAUCAUAGAAAGAAAAAAAUCUCAUGAGCAGAGCCCGUCCUUUUUUGUGCUUUAAACCUCUGUUGCUAUUUUCUUUUUUAAAAUAUAUAUAAUUUUCUGUUUAUUAUUGACUUGUAAUAUUUUGAAUGGCGCCUUGAUCAGUGUGGGUUCCGAUGAUCUAGUUGUCAGCAGUUUGUGCGUGGGGUUGUUUUUACUUUAAUUUUCUAAAGAAGGAAAAUGUUAUGUAUUUUGCUGUUCUAUUCCUUUAUGGCUAAAAUGUUUUGUUUUUCAUUUCCUGUACUUUAAUGAUUAAAAAAUGUGUGUACAUAUACUGUAUAGAGAGUGAAGGAGAGAAUGCAACUUAAAGAUUGUUGACAUUAUGGAACCUUUCUGGGAGAUUUUUCUUUCUUUCUUUUCUCUGGUUUGUUUUAAAAGUAAAAAUAUCAGCCUGUAUUGUAGUUUAGAAAUGAUAUAAAACAUUCACAGUGCUACGAUACAUGUCCAUUUUUUUCUUGAAUUUAAGGUUGUAUAAAUCAGCGUGUACGCUUGGUUAAGGAGCACAUCUGUAUAGUAGAGCUAUGUGCUACAGUGUGUUGCAUAUUAGGCACAAUCUCUUGACAUACCCGUUUCUCUACAGGAGAAAUUAUCACCUAGUUAAUCAUAAAGCAGUCCAUGAAUAUACUGAUUGGAUGUGCUACGUACCAUUGAGAUGUACUGGUUUAGAUUUCAAUAGGUGGUUUGCUGAAUUGUUAACUACAUAAAACACUGCUGCUUUUUGCUUCAAGCAGUGGAGUGCCAUCACCCAAGGUGAUAACAUUUUACAAAUAAAAGCAGUGAAUUCCAAA